AUGCAAUAUCAGGGCCCUGGUAUCCAGGGUGAUCGGGGCAACCCAGAGGAGGACACAAAAAGGCUUAGCAACGCUGCUGAUGACAACCAACAUGUUUCGACUCCCAGAAGCCCUGCUCAGACAAUCCGCCAGGGGAACCCACCCUUGUCCCUACUUCUCUCUCCUCCGCUUACUUCUCCAUUGAUACCCCCGGGAACAAUCGAUUCCACUCCUCCACUUACUCCUCUCCAUCAAUACAACCCAUCACAACCACUGGGCUCCCACGUCACCAGCACAAAUGUGUCACAUCCUGUCUAUGACCCCAACCGAGGAGCACAGCUCAGGAGUGCUGCUGAUCGUGCGAACCCAUAUCGGGUUAGAAUGAACCCAGGUGACCAUGCACAAGAGAAAGAGCGGGCUCGCAGUAGAAGUCCUCGCACCCAGUUUCAACCCGCUGACUUUUCUGAACCACAAGAACCACCAACAGCUCCAUUGAUGGGAUUCAAUCAAUAUCCUCGAGAGAUGUAUGUUCCACCCGGAAUCAAUGACCUGAUGCCCCAGAUCCUGCCUAGCUCCUCCCCGACACUAUGUUCAAGCAACACAAAGCGUGGUUAUGGUUUUCCUCUUGGUAUGGACCAUCCAUGGGGCUCUCCGGGGAAUACUUACGCCGUCAAUGAUGAGAACUUGUAUGAAUGCCCGCAAAGUCAACAGCAACAAGUGCAGGGGUGUGACCCGGGACCUCUGCAACACCAGUCCAAGCAAGAUGUGGAUACCAACGAAAAUGACGAGGAGCAUUUAUGUGAAUUCGCUGCUCCAUGCCAAAUGCAUCCCUCGCCCGAUGGGAUGCAUUACCGAAAGGUUGUGUCGCACGUGUUUGGCAGAAAUAAGGCCGUUACCAAGCUGUUCCCACUCGGUGUCUGGGUGCAUUAUUGUCGGAAGCACUACCAGCGUGCCCGGUAUCGCGCAGACCAAUGGCCGUUUACGCAGUGUGAUCUCCUGUUAGAAUCACUAAGCCGAAUGGAGAGCUGGGAUGGAGUGGAGAGUUUCGAACUUAUCCUCCGCCGUCGGGAGCAAAUGCGUGUCGGACGUGAGACUGAAGGCCAAGCUACCACCGAGACCUCCAAUCAAAAUGAGACUACUCCUUCUGCCGGUCAAACCCAGGAUCAAGCCCACAAAUCUUCGAGUGUCGUUGCGCGGUCUCCAGGUCGUAAGCACCCAACUGCCAUCGUCGCCCCCGUCCCGGACUGGCUGCGCCAACAUGUUGGUCAUGGCAAGACCUUUCAAGAGAUCCGUCAGAUUAUCGAACUCGUACGUAGCCACAUGGUGAGACUCCGGAAUUUAGAAAGAGCGAAACAGCUCAAUCAUAUUCCCAAGUCCACGAGUGCACCAGGAAGCCCCCGCCGAGGUGUGCUUUCGAACGGUCGAAAGGGACGUAUCACUAAACCUGCCAACCGGGACCCCCUCCGUCUGCGUGCUAGCACGAUCCGUUUCCCUGAUGUUGAAAUUCUCCCCCAUUUCAAGCCAUGGGUUAAGGAGGCUGCUCUACGACAACGAUCUGCCACUACAUGUCCCAUGAACGAAGGCAAUAACAAAGACCAUGAAGCGGAAGAGAGACUUUCGAGAAGGGGACAUAUCAUUGGAGAAAUCUCGGAUACCAGUCACAUCACUGCUCAGUCCCAAUCCAGUCAGCCAAGAAAUAGCAACUUCCCAACCAACAACACCACUCCCCACUGUGAUGGAAGCUCCGAGUAUGCUUCUACAUCAGAGAUGCAUGGGGCCAAUCCACCGCAGAAUCAAGCUCACAUUGGCAGGGCUGGGACUAAUCGAGGUCAGUCUGAGAGCCAGCGACGACGCAGUGAGCGGGUCUACCUUAAGGCCAUAGACCGUGUCCCUGGUCAGGGCUCAAUCAAGAAGCCCGAAAAGGAUGGUGAGAGUUAG